AUGAGGAGGAAACUUGCUAAGAAAGGAACGGCAAAUGAUAAACAAGUGCCUAGUACUUCUCAGAGCAAACGAUCGAAGGCGGAUGAGGCUAUGCCGACGAAAAUUCUGAAGUUUAAGUUGAACAUGUCAGAUUAUAGUUCUAGUAAUAGAAUGUCAGGGUGUGGUGGUGAUAGUCUGCCAUCUGUGACAACAGAUGCCUAUUCUGCUUUAUUGGCCGGCCAAGCGGAUAACUACUUAGUCUGUGGAAAUGUACACAACAUCGCAAUUUACAAUGCAUCCAAUAGACGUCUGCAUAAUGAUACCAUAGCAGAAAUAGACUGUGACGAAGGCUACUACAACAUUAACGACGCUCAAACAAGCGGAAUUUCAACUGCAACAAUAAGGUGUUCUGGGAAUGGAACAUGGGUGAAUAUGCCUACGUGUGUUCGGAAAGAUUGUGGAAAGCUAGACCAGCUGAAUAUAUCAAAUGCUAAACUGAGGCUCUUUGUAACUGAUACAAAAUACCAGUCGAAUGCUGUCAUAGCCUGUGAUACUGGAUAUACUGAUCAACAUAAACAUCAAGCAGUGGAUACAUCAACAACCUUGAUCAAGUGUUCCGCCAAUGGAACAUGGACUAAUGUACCGAAGUGUGUAAGGAAAGAUUGCGGCAAUAUAUACAACCUCAACAUAGACAAUGCAGCCCAUAGACGUCAGUAUAACGGCACCAAGUACACUUCAACAGCAGAGAUAGACUGUGACGAGGGAUACUAUAACACCAAGGUCACUCAAACGACUGGAAUAUCAACUACAACGAUACGUUGUUCUGAGCAUGGAAUAUGGGUGAAUAUACCCACAUGUGUACGGAAAGAAUGUGGAGACUUAAGUCUGUUGAAUAUAUCAAAUGCUGAGAACAGGGAUCCCAUUAAUGGCACGAAAUACAACUCGAUUGCAAAUAUUAGCUGUGAUGCAGGAUAUAAUAAUCAAAAUGAAAGUCAGUCAGAAGGAAUUGCAAGUAUUUUUAUAAGAUGUAAUGAAAAUGGAACAUGGGUAAAUCAACCGAGGUGUGUCAGAAAGGACUGUGGUGAUUUAAACAGUAUCAGCAUAGACAAUGCAGUCAAUAGACGCCAGCAUAAUGACACCAAGUACAAUUCUACAGCAGAUAUAGACUGUGAUGAAGGAUACUAUAACAAAAAGCAAAACCAAACAGCUGGAAUAUCAACUACAACAAUAAGUUGCUCGGAACAUGGAAUAUGGGUGAACAAGCCUACAUGCAUACGGAAAAACUGUGGUGAUGUGCAUAAUAUCAACAUAGACAAUGCAGCCAAUAGACUCCCGAACAAUGAUACAAAGUACGGGUCUACAGCAGAUAUAGACUGUGAUGAAGGAUACUAUAACAUAAAUUACAUUCAAACGGCUGAAAUAUCAACUACAACAAUUCAUUGUUCCGAGAAUGGAACAUGGAAGAAUAUACCUUCGUGCAUACGGAAAGACUGCGGGUCUUUAUCAACUCCACGGAAUGGAAAUAUCGCAUUUGAACAUAAUGAUACAUUCUAUGGAUCUAAUGCCACAGUCACGUGCCAUGAUGGGUACAGUGUGGCUGGCCCAGACAAUAUUGUGUGUGAGAAGACAGGAAACUGGAGUAGCUACAUAACACAUUGUCAAAUUAAUGAAUGUAAAUUACCUGAGGCUGGUAAUACUUUUACCCAGUUUGUUAACGCUUCAACGGAAACGACGUACCAUUACGGGGACCUUCUUCUAUAUCAGUGUGAUAUAGGUUAUGAGUUUGCUAAAGAUGCAUCUCAAAAUCUAACAAAAGCAGUGCGCUGUACAGAUAGAGGAUUCUUUGAACAUUUAGAAACAUGUACACGAAAAGCUAUACUGAAUACAAAAAAGCCAGAAAUAUGCUUUAACUGCGACGAUAUGUCAAGUCCCGAGUACUGUGACAUUGUUGCACGAUGCCAGAAGAACCAGGUUUGCUACACAGAGUCAUAUCCGUCUGUCCACGGAAAGGUAUUUCGAUCUGGUUGUAUGGAUGAACAUAAAUGUCACAGAGAAGAGAAUAGCACCUCUAGUGCAGUAUGUGUUGAAUGUUGCUCUACUGAUAUGUGUAACAACAAAGGCUGUGGAAAUUCCGACUUCCCUACACGCGAACACAGAGGUCCUAUGUGUUUUGAUUGUCAUCAUACUGGAGACAUAAAUUCGUGUAGCAAGGUUACAAUGUGUUCAUCGGACCAGGUGUGCUCUAUAGGAAGAUACCAGUGGGGAGAUAGUUUCCAUUACAAGCUUGGCUGCACUCACCAUCUGUGUAACCCAGUAUUUCGGCACAUUUUACGUUCUGUACCAUCCUGCCAUUCGUGUUGUAAUGACGAUUACUGUAACCGGAAUUGCUCAGUUAGUAAUUCGGUACCCGGAGAGAUAUUUGUCGGAUAAAACAAAGACACUCUACAAAAGUCGGAGAAAUGAUUUUCAGAACAUUUGGCUCAUCAAUAUAUAAAGAAUAUAAAAGGCGUUCGUGUUCUUCUUCUGACAUUUUAGAAAUGUUACCAGUUUGCUUUUCGACGUAGAUACUCAUGGCUACAUGUCACCCUUGGAAUUUAAAUCAAUUAGAUCAAUAUACGAAACUACUGCUGUUUUGACUUUUGGAAAAUCAAAUAUAUAAAGAAAGCAUUG